AUGUCAUUGCUUUCAUUUCUUCGUUCACAACUGUUUGUGACACUGCCUGUUCCAACACAUGAUCUCACAGAUCAGGUGAUUGUUGUGACUGGUGCCAACACUGGCCUCGGUUUCGAAGCGGCUCGCUAUUUUCUCAACCUCAAUGCUGCUAAGGUAGUCCUGGCCGUCCGGUCGACCAGCAAAGGGGAGGCGGCAAAAGAUGAUCUAGAGUCAUCGUCAAGCCGCCCUCCCGGGGUCCUGGAGGUCUAUACUUUGGAUAUGGAGAGCUCUGCAUCAGUGGAGGCCUUCGUCACAAAGGUGAACAGCCUGCCACGCGUCGAUGUCUUGCUUCUGAAUGCUGGUAAAGUCACUCAGGAUUUCUACCUUGUGGGUGGAAACGAAAGUACCAUCACUGUGAAUGUGGUCCACACCUUUCUGCUGGCGUUGCUGAUGCUUCCUAAACUCCGGUAUGUCUCCAAGGAGAUCGGAAUUGUGCCUCGGAUCGUCAUCGUCGCGUCCGAUCGACAUGCCAUGACCAACCUUCCAGAGUGGACGACCGAGAAUACAUUUGCCACUCUUAAUGAUAAGAAUAAUGCAAGAAUGCACGAGAGAUACUACGUUUCUAAAUUACUGGAGAUACUCUUGAUGCGCGCUCUGGCCAAGGAACUAGCUGCGCAGGAGAUUCGUGUUUCUGUAUCAGCGCUCACUCCGGGGUUCUGUCAAUCAAACUUGCUCCGCGAUAUACGGGGCCUUUGGGCAGUCCAGUUAGCCGUGAUGAAUCACUUUUUAUCGCGUUCAACGGAAGAAGGUGCAAGAACGUUGGUUCAUGCCGCCAGUCUGGGAUGGGAGGCCAAUGGGCAGUAUCUGAAUGAUUGUGAAAUCGAUAAGUGUGUUUCAAUCUUCAGUUCUUCAGAGACGCUAGAUUCAGUUUAG